CCCCACCCACCACCAACCACCCCAAUGCGCUCCCUCCUCUUCCGCCGCGGCCUCCGCGCCCCUCCGCGUUACUACUCUACCCUCCGCGCCUCCUCGCGAUUAUCGCAAUACCUGUCGAUCACGCCGGAAGUGCAAUCGGCGCUGUCGGCCGGACAUCCCGUCGUCGCGCUCGAAUCCGCAAUCUACACGCACGGCUUCCCGCACCCGGCGAACCUCUCGCUCGCGCGCGAGAUCGAGGCCGUCAUCCGCGCGAACGGCGCAGUCCCCGCCACCAUCUGCAUCCUCAACGGCAAGGCGCGGAUCGGGCUCGAGGCGAAGGAGCUCGAGCAGCUCGCUGACGCAGCGGGGAAGAGCGGUACCGCUAAGGUGAGUAGACGAGACCUGGGAUAUCUCCUUGCUGGCGCGGGCGCGACGAAGAUCGGUGGCACGACGAUCGCGGGCACGAGUGUCCUUGCGCACCUCGCCGGGAUUAAGGUAUUCGCGACUGGUGGCCUGGGCGGCGUCCACAGGGGUGUUCAGAAUACCAUGGAUGUUUCUGCGGAUCUGACGGAGUUGGGACGCACGCCUGUCGCUGUUGUAUGUGCGGGCUCCAAAGCGUUCCUGGAUCUGCCACGGACACUGGAGUAUCUGGAGACCGAGGGGGUCUAUGUCGGCACGUUCAGGGAUGGGAGGGAUGCCGGGGAGGUGGUCGAGUUUCCGGCGUUUUGGAGUAGAGGGUGUGGUAUCAAGGCGCCGAGCGUGGUGGAAGAUGCGAACGAGGCCGCCAGGAUUAUCUACGCAAGCCAUUCCCUUGGCCUCACCUCGGGCCACCUCUUCACCAAUCCCAUUCCGGCGGCAUACGAGAUCCCGAACGAGGAGAUACAGUCCAUCAUUGCCGAGUCGGUGAAAGUGGCGGAAGGGAAGUCCAGCGGGAAAGACGUCACGCCGUUCAUCCUCAACGACAUACUCAAGCGCACCGGUGGUCGCAGCAUCGAGGCCAAUCGUGGGCUGAUACUGAACAACGCUGCGAUGGGAGCAAAGGUCGCCGUAGAACUGGCAAGGCUUGAGGGCACUGGCGAGCGUAGGCAGACACAUAUGCCGCACAUCCCACCCUCGCAGAUACGCCCGAAGGAGGAGGCAAACCCCGUAGUUCCAUCGCCGCCCCCAGAGGUGGUCGUAGUCGGCGGUGUAGCCGUAGACGUAAACUGCGACACUUCCUCGCCGACUCCAAGUCUGCACACCUCCAACCCGUCUACCAUCACCGAGUCCCUCGGCGGCGUCGGCAAUAACGUUGCCUACGCCCUGCACCUCUCCGGCGUGCGGACCCGCUUAGUAUCCUCCGUCGGCGCAGACCUUGCCGGCUCAUGGGUGCGCGAGCGCGUACAGGAGCGCGGGAUGGAUACCGAGGGAAUCUUCACCGACCCGGCCCGCGCUACAGCGAGGUAUGUUGCCGUCAACGAUGCCAACGGCGGGCUGUUCGUUGCUAGUGCGGACAUGAGGGUCAUCGAGCACCUGGGGACAGCAGAUGUCACCGAGGUGAUUAAAGCUGCGAAUGCGGAGUGGGUGGUUCUCGACGGGAAUCUAUCACAGCAGACGACAAAGGGAGUGCUCGAAUACUGUCUCAAAUCCGGGAUCAAAGCCAUCUUCGAACCCACCUCCACCGCAAAAUCAGCACACAUCUUCCACGCCACGCUUCCCUCGCACCCUUCAUGUGCGCUCGGCGGAGCUAUUCUCUACGCUACGUCGCUGCCGUGGUGGCCCACGAUCGAUGCACUCACGAUCGACAGCGGGUUCCGCGACCGCGUGGACCAACUGGCGGCGCGCACCGGCGUCGACCUCUCCGAGAGCGGAAUCGUCCAGAAGGCGGUGUCGCUGCUGCCGUACAUCCCACGGCUGUUCGUUAAGCUGGGCGAGCAGGGCGUCAUUGUUGUGCGCCUGCUGGAGGUGGGCGAGAAGCCGCGGAGGUCUAGGGAGAGUGUUGUUGUGGAGGCACGGGAGGGAGAGGAGGUGGGUGGUGUCGAGGUGAGGUAUUUUGCCGCUGAGAAGCUGGGAGUGGACGGCGUGCAAAGCGUUAAUGGCGCGGGGGAUACGUUCCUCGGCGUUCUGGUGGCCGCUAUGGUCCGUGGUCUGCCGCUGGAGGAGGCGGUGGGUGAGGCGCAGAAGGCCGCCGUGUUGACGCUCGGCGUGAAGGAGGCGGUUAGUGCGCGGAUACGUCCUUUGUAAACCGCCAGUCAAUGAAUUGAACCGUAUAAUAUAAAUACUCCUUGGUUAAGUACACCCAAACGCCCGAGCAAAAACAAAUCCCAUCCCAUCCCAUCUCAUCUCAUCCCAAAUGCCCCACCCCCGCCC